CUCGACGUCGGACUUUCUUUCACUUUUCUUACGUUUACGUUCUCCUUCACGACUGAACGACACGAUGGACGGUCCUACAGCGGCACCGCCGAUAAAUGAGGCCAUCCAGCAAGCGAACAAGUACAUGCGCAUUGCCCAGAUGUAUCUCGACCGGACAGCGCCGAAAUGGGUCGAACGGUGGCUGGCUACGGGCGUCUUGCUCGCCCUGUUCAUGGUUAGGAUCCUUGUAGCGCAAGGGUGGUAUAUUGUGUGCUAUGCUCUCUUCAUUUACCUUCUCAAUCUCUUUCUUGCUUUCCUUCAACCAAAAUUCGACCCCUCCAUCGAACAAGACGCGAUGGAGACCUCCGUUGAAGAGGGCGGCGAGGAGGGGUUGCCAACAAGCGCGAAGGACGACGAGUUCCGUCCGUUUAUUAGGAGGCUUCCAGAGUGGAAAUUCUGGAUCGCAGCAACUCGCGCUACGCUUAUCGCCCUCGGAUGCACGAUUACGAGAGUGUUUGACGUGCCUGUGUACUGGCCUAUCCUCGUCGUCUACUUCUUCAUACUCUUCACCAUCACGAUGCGUAGGCAGAUCCGGCAUAUGAUCAAGUACAAAUACGUGCCAUUCGAUCUCUCGAAAACGAAGUACGGCAGCAGUCGCAGGUGAACUCCUUCCUCAGCCUCAAGCUAGAGCGUGCCAACCUCUUUCCCUCCAUAGAAUUUGAUUCUCUCCUAUUGCGCAACCUUGCAGACGUAACGAAGGACAGGUGCUUUAUUCCUGACGUACACUUUUCGCCUCUUGCUCCGAUUUGGCAUCCUUUCCUGUUGGGC